AUGGUUUGGCCCUCAAUUUCCAUGGUGGAAAAACUCAAACUAGGAAAGCCUGGUGCGAAUAAAGAAAACCAUCCCAAAAAGAACACUCUGUACCCUUCUCUCUCUGCUUUCAUCUGCUCAUAUCCUUCCCCAAAUAAGAGAGAGAAAGUAGAGAAAGAAGAGAAAAAGAAGAAAAAAUCUCCCAAAAAGCAAAGCACAAAUUUGCCCCAAUUUGGGAUUUGCAAUUCAAUUCCUCGCCCUUCAAUUUUCUCCCCAAUUUCUGUUGUGGCGGACCUCCGAGGAACCCUAGCGUUCCUCCUCUCGCCGGCGUGCUCCUCCGAUUGUCCCCAUUUGAAAUCGAAGAGGAGAAAGCACGGAUUUCUAUACAGAGGGACGACGAAAAUGCUGUGGGUGAUGAGAUUAUCCGGGUUCAUAUCCGCCGCGAUGGUGAUGGUCGUGCUUUCCCCUUCCCUUCAAUCCUUCCACCCGGCGGAGGCAAUCAGAUCCUCUAACCUCGAUCCGUACCUGAGGCUCCCGGCCGCCGCGCACUCGCUCGACAAAUUCUCCUUCCGGCGGGCUCCGGAUUUCCGCAAUGCUCCCGAAUGCCGGCCGUCAAAAUCGGAAGAAUCCGGCGUCUGCGACCCCUCUCUGGUCCACGUCGCGAUUACUCUUGACGUCGAAUACCUGCGCGGCUCGAUCGCCGCCGUUCAUUCUAUUCUCCAGCAUUCGAAAUGCCCUGAGAGUGUCUUCUUCCAUUUCCUGGUCUCCGAGACGGGCCUCGAAACCCUAGUCCGAUCCUCCUUCCCCCAAUUGAAGUUCAAAGUGUAUUAUUUCAACCCGGAGCGCGUCCGGAGCCUCAUUUCGAGCUCCGUGAGGCAGGCGCUCGAGCAGCCGUUGAACUACGCCCGGAAUUACCUCGCCGACCUUCUAGAAGCCUGCGUGACCCGGGUAAUUUACUUGGAUUCAGAUCUGGUCGUCGUCGACGACAUUUCGAAGCUGUGGAGGACGAGCUUGGGGAAGAAAACAAUCGGCGCGCCCGAGUACUGCCACGCAAAUUUCACGAAGUAUUUCACCGAGCAUUUCUGGUCGGACUCGAGAUUCUCCAGCGUGUUCUCCGGCCGGCGGCCGUGCUACUUUAACACGGGGGUGAUGGUGAUAGAUCUGGGGAAAUGGAGGCGGUUGGGGUACACGCGCCGCAUAGAGGCGUGGAUGGAGACGCAGAAGACGAGUUCGAGCCGGAUCUACGAACUCGGCUCGCUGCCGCCGUUCCUGCUGGUGUUCGCCGGACGCGUGGCGCCGAUCGAGCACAGGUGGAACCAGCACGGGCUGGGCGGGGACAACGUGAGGGGGAGCUGCAGGGACCUCCACGCGGGUCCAGUGAGCCUGCUGCACUGGAGCGGCAGCGGCAAGCCGUGGCUCCGGCUCGACUCUAAACAGCCGUGCCCGUUAGACUCACUGUGGGCGCCGUUCGACCUGUACGGAUACUCGGCGUGA